CUUUUACAAAUUCACAACGAGCCGCUCGCGAUCCCUGUUCCAGAGUCCGAAUCUCCGAACACGCGUAUCUCGUUGCACGUGUGAAUUAAGCGCUUGGCCAGUUCCUCCCGCUCAGCGGUUCAAGAAACGCCAGCCGCUGCGGAGCUCGGGUGAAGAUGUUCAGCCGAGCGCGGAGGGCGGGCGCCGGGGUGGAGCUACCCAGCUCCGAAGUGAUUGGAAAGAUCCGGCAGGAACUCCGCGGCCGGGAGAAGAAGUAGGAGAAGGAGCGGCCGAGGUCGCGGGGAGUACCGUCGGCAAACAGACCGCCCAGAGCCUUGUCCAAGGUCACCCAUCUUUCAUGCCUCCUGAACGUGAGUCAAGACACAACUCUUAGUCUGCAAUAGAGAUAUAUAUCUUUUGGUACAGAUUAUCCCCAAACUUGGAUAAUGUCUACCCCCUUAGUGGUGACACAUCAUCUGAGAGAGAACCCAGAGAUGGCAGAACAUUUCCUCUUUUGUGGCUCUACCUUGUCUGAGAUUAUUGAAGAAACAGAAUACAUUAAAAAGAUUCGUUCCACGCUAGCAAAAGUUCAGCCUCUGUUAUACAAAAAGGAAUGCAACCAUAGCAUUGCAAAUGGCAUGCUGGAUUCAAAGCUACAUUUUACAGAAUCUGAAUUGGUCCCUGAUGAAGAGACGCUCUCUUCUAACAACAAAGAGACCUUAAAUAGAAUAAAAAAAGUUGAAGAAGAAUUAUUAUGGGUGAACAAAGAAAAUGAAAGGCUAAAGUUCAAGCUUGAAGCUUUAAGGGCAGCAGGUGCUGAGUGUGUGAAGCAUGGCUCCCAAAAGCUCCAGGAGAAUUAUGCGAAGCACUCUGAAGAUCUGAAGAAAAGACAAGAAGGAGUCAUAAAUACAAUAAAGACCCGCAAACUUGAACAGGAGCAGAUCUUAAAGCAAAGCACUGACAGCCUCGGCCAGCUGAGUGUGCAGCUGAAUGAGAAAUAUGGCCAGAUUGAAGAACUGGAAAAACGAGUACAAAGGAUGGAAGAGGAAAAGAAAAGACUGGGUGAAAAGAAAGAGCUUUUAAAAAAGAAGUUGCAUCAGAUGAUGUCAAAUGUUGAGAGUACUAGAAGCUGUGUAAAAGUUCAGUCAGAGAUGUGUGCUCUUCAAGAGCAGAUUACUCACCUGGACAGUAUGAUCCAUUCCCAGCACCAACAUUUGCACAAUCUGAUUCACCAGACCGAGGGGCUGAAUAAUGAACUGAAAUAUCAGGAUGAAAGAAUAGAAAACUUAAAAGACCAGAUAGCAGUACUUCAAGAAAAGAACAAUGAACUGAGGUAUCAAGUGGAAUUCUACAAGAACCAAUCAAAACGAAAAAUCUCCAAGGCUGUUUGCACAAGGAUUGAUGAAAACAUGCCGUACAUUGUGAUAUCCAGACGACGCAAGUAACCUAUUCCUGUGAUGUCUAAAUCUUCCUCAGAUCCAUUACAAGGAUUGUUAUUUCUUUCCAGAAUAACUUUUCUAUGCAUUUCCAUUGGAUUUAUCUGCACAAGGAACUUUGGUAUCACCUAACAAAUUUUAUCUUUUGAAUUAAUGUAUGGAAUCUUAAGAUAGUCUUUUAAGGGAAGAAGUAAAUUCAGAUGUGACAGCAGACAUCCAGGAAGCUGGGACAUAUGGAGAGACAGAUUCCAUUUUUAGUCAUGUACAAGCACAUUAGAAGCAUUGUAGUUGUUCAUACUAGUGAUGGAAAUGCAUUGGCUUCAGAACUCAUUAAUCCAUAAGGACAAAUUUCCUCCUGCAAGUUCUAUAACGCAUCUGAAUCUACAUUGGCAAAUAUACUGGAGGACUAAGGCAGCUGGAUCAAAGAUACAGUGAAGAGCUCAAAUAUGUGGUACGGCUGAACUACAACUGACUAAUAUUAGUUUCAUGAGAAUUCUCUCUUCCUAAUUUUGGAUACCUGGCAAGAGAGAGAAAGAUGAACAAACACUUAUGUGGAGAUUGCAUCAAUCUAAUAGAAAAAUCUCUCAUCACACCAAAUUGCAGCUCUUAGUAUUAUAUGUCAUGGACAAUUAGAAGUAAGGUGAGCCUUAGCAAAACCUUGAACAGAGAUAUCUCUUUACAGCAGGGGUCCCCAACCCCCGGUCUGUGGACCAGUACCGGGCCGCGGCAUGCCAGCAACCGGUCUGCAUAACCAAGCAAAGCCCUAUCCACGAGAUUCAGGCAGCACACAAAACCAUGCACCCUCCGGUCUGUGGAAAAACCUUUCUCCACGGAACUAGUCCCUGGUGCCCAAAAGUUUGGGGACCUCUGCUUUACACUAUUUCUAACCCCCUCUAUGAUUUUGAAUCUGGCAAACUAAUUAUAAUGUUGUUGUGAAAAAUGAUAAUUUUAGGAAUGGUGUUUCUGAAGGAAGCAAAAUACCUCUGGGAAGUGCAGCUAAGCACAGAGUCCUGAAGCCAUCAUUAUGUCAUGAUUUAGAAUCAGUAAAAUGUAAAUGUUCUGCAUAGAGCCUUUUCUAGGCAGGUUCAUCUAGCAGUAUGCCUGAGGCAAGAAUGUAGGAAUAUAUAUUUCAGUGAUACCGCUAUAAAAACAGAUUGUGCAUUUGGCUAAGCCCUGUUUUAUGUCAGAGCAAGAACAAAUUUCCCCAUCAUUAAAUGAAUAAAUUAUUUAUUUAUCUAUAACGAUUAUAGCAUCCUUAGAUUAUAUGUCAAGAGCAGCUUGCCAAGACUGUCAAAAUGUAAUGAGGAAAUGGACAAUAUAAAAGCCAUGAAAUCAAGAAAGAUCUGUAGUGUAGUUAUCAGGAUAAGAAGGGCAUCUAAAAACCUCAAGGACGGUCUCUCUAGUGGCCAGUAUGAUAAUGAAAAGUAAGGCUGGUUGUUUCUUGGUCUACAGCAAGAUUUAUGCUUAAAUCUGGCUGGAUCAUUUUUGCACUGUAGCAAAAUAAAUAACUGACAUAAUGUUCAAUCAUCAGUGGUGAAAAAAGUAAGGUUCUACAUUUAGGCAAGAAAAACCAAAUGUACAGGUAUAGUAUUGGGGGUACCUUGCUCAAUAGUAGUAACUGUGAGAGGGAUCUCAGAGUCCUAGUGGAUAAUC